AUGAUCACUGGUACUUCCCAGGCCGAUUGCGCUAUCCUCAUCAUUGCCGCUGGUACUGGUGAGUUCGAGGCUGGUAUCUCCAAGGAUGGCCAGACCCGUGAGCACGCUCUGCUCGCCUACACUCUGGGUGUCAAGCAGCUCAUCGUUGCCAUCAACAAGAUGGACACUGCCAACUGGGACGAGGCUCGUUACUAUAUAUAUUAA